AUGCCUGCCGCCAUUCCGACAAUUACAGUUGGCUCCGGCCUUGGGGCCACCGCUUUCAUGCUCACCAAUGAAGCAGCCACCAGGACCCUCGGCGUGAAGGUCUUUGCGGCGUUGUGGGCUGCUCAAUUUCUUGCAUAUGGUUUCUAUUGCAUGUUUAUAUACCCCUUCUUUCUAUCGCCCCUACGACACCUGCCAACUGCUUCAGGCUGGCAGCUGGGCCUCGGGCACUCUGUUCAAGCAAUUAACAAGGGUCUUGGUCCUACUGGUCGAAAAUGGAUUGCAGAGACUCCAAAUGACGGGUUCAUUCGCAUGUUUGGGCCGUUUCACCGCGAAUACGUCUUCGUGACAUCACCGGCGGCCCUCGCUGAAAUCACUGUUUCCAAAGCGUACGAGUUCGAGAAGCCGCGAGCCCUGCGCGAGGUGUUCGGCUCAGUCCUGGGCCACGGCCUCGUCCUCGUCGAGGGCCAGGAGCACAAGCUGCAGCGCCGAAACCUCCUGCCGGCCUUUGCCUUCCGCCACAUCAAGGACCUCUACCCGCUGUUCUGGAGCAAGGCCUGCGAGGUGGUGCAGGUCAUGAGCCAGGAGUGCGACGCCGACGGCCGCGCCGAGAUCGAGGUCGAGCACUGGGCCGGCCGCGUCUCCCUUGACGUCAUCGGCGUCGCGGGCAUGGGCCGCGACUUUGACGCCACGCACAACGAGCACGACCCCCUCGUCAAAACGUACAUGAGUAUCGCCACGCACACGGCGCAGGACCGCCUCAUCUUCGCCAUGGUAGACCUCCUGUCGUCGGUGCUGCCGCCGUCGUUCAUCCUCAACCCGCUGGUGCCGCGCCCGCGCGAGAUGAUGCGCGCGUCCAAGCAGAUCCGCGGCGUCUGCAGCGACCUGAUCCGCGCCAAGAAGGAGCGGCUGCGGGAGAGCAAGCUCGACGACGUCGACAUCCUGUCCGUCGCGAUGCGCUCCGGCGUCUUCGACGAGGAGGAGCUGGUCCACCACAUGAUGACCUUCCUCGGCGCCGGCCACGAGACGACCGCCUCGGCGCUGACGCUCGCCAUCUACGCACUGUGCUGCCACCCGGACAUCCAGACGCGCCUACGCGAGGAGAUCCGCGCGAAUCUGCCCCCCGUGACCGACCCCCGCGAGAUGACAAGCCUCGAGAUCGACCGCCUGCCGUACCUCGGCGCCGUGUGCAGCGAGGCGCUGCGGCUGUACAGCCCGGUGCCGCAGUCCGGUCGCGUGGCGGUGCGCGACACAGUGAUCCAGGGCCAGCGCAUGCCCAAGGGCACGCGGCUGCUGUUGCUGCCGUGGGCGGUCAACGCGGACGCGGGGCUCUGGGGUGCGGACAGCAGCCAGUUCCGACCGGAGCGGUGGCUGGUGGCGGACGCCGCCGACGGGCUUGGCGGCACGGCGGCCAACGCCAAGGACGCGGCGCUGGGCGGUGCGUCGAGCAAUUAUGCGUUCAUGUCGUUCUUGCACGGCCCGCGCAGCUGCAUCGGCAUGAGCUUCGCAAAGGGCGAGUUCGCGUGCCUACUGGCGGCGUGGGUCGGCCGCUUCGAGUUUGAGCUCCGCGACAAGGCCAUGCUGGACGAGGCCAACAUCAAGUUUGAGCAGCUGGUCACAUCCAAGAUUGCGGGCGGCCUGCACGUCCGCAUGAGGGUCAUUCCGGGGUAUUGA